CUCGGUGUGGUGCCUGUUUCUGACCUCUUCUCACCUUCCUUCACUGCGUGAAGCUUCACUCCAUUACGAAUAUGACUUCAUCCAUCUUCCACGGUACCCCUUAUGUCACAGGCGCUACCUCAGCCACGUUGUUGGCAGCCGAUCUUGAACUUAGCUUCUGGGGCGGCGUGGAUCCCAAAACAGGCGAAGUGAUUGAUCGCUUCCACCCACUAAGUGGUCGUUUUCUGAAAGACACCAUCCUAGCCAUACCCGGAGGCAGAGGAUCCUGUGGCGGCAGCGUCGUCAUGAUGGAGCUGAUUCUGAACGGCCUGGGCCCCAAGGCACUGGUUUUUGAGCGUCGCGAGGAGAUCAUUACGCUAGGUGUUAUCGUUGCCGAAGAGAUGUUCGACAAGUCUGCCGCGGUGGUGACACUAAACCCGGAGGACUUCCGUCAAGUUCUGGGCUGGGAUGGCAGGACUGUUCAUGUACAAGGUGGAUUAGUCUCGGAUGGUCCCUUGAAUGUCAAUGCUACCGACAGAGCUGUGGAACCCGCGGUGGACCUGACCAAGUGCAACGUUCAACUUUCUGAUUCUGACCGGGCCAUGCUGGAUGGAGCCCACGGUGAGGCGGCGCGGAUCUCGCUUCAGAUCAUCAUCCGAAUGGCGGAGAUGAUGGGAGCCCGAGAACUGAUGGAUAUCCGCCAAGCGCAUACAGAUGGCGCCUGGUAUGGCCCUGGCUCAGUGGCCUUUGGAAAGAGGCUUCGUGACUGGGGUGGCAAAUUCAAAGUCCCUACUACUAUCAACUCUCUCAAUAUUGACCAGAAACGAUGGCGGGCCCUCGGAAUUGAGACAGAGUUUGGAUCCUCGUGUGAUGAAUUGGCUAAAGUCUUUGUCGACAUGGGCGGCAAGAUUUCAUUUACCUGUGCCCCUUAUCUACUCGACACGGCACCAAAAUUAGGCGAUCCAGUUGCCUGGGGAGAGUCUAAUGCCGUUCUCUACGCCAACAGUGUCCUUGGUGCGAGGACACUAAAAAACCCCAAUAUGCUGGAGGCCCUGAUUGCCCUGACUGGCCGCGCACCCAAGGCCGGUGCCUAUCUGCACGAGAAUCGCUUUGCGUCUAUCUGGCUCCGGGUAACACCACCAGAGGCGACGGACGACUCCUUCUGGCCGAUUUUAGGCUACGCUCUCGGCGCCAUUGCCACCGCCGCCAUUCCGGUCAUUACUGGACUGGAACACCUGAAGCCCAACCGUGACGAUUUCAAGGCGUUCUCAGCGGCAUUUGCUACGUCGUCCAGCGCCCCCAUGUUCCACAUGGUCAAUCUGACGCCAGAGGCUCCUACACUGGAGGCCGUAUGUCGUGAAGGCAUAGUCCCCAAGGCCAUCGAUGUGACUUGGAAAGAUCUAGCCGCGACCUGGGAGGAAUUCAACCAUGGCUCCGAGCCGCGCGAAAUUGAUCUCAUCUCAUUUGGCAACCCACACUUCUCCCUCCGGGAGAUCAAAGAGAUCGCGAAGCUGUGCCAAGGACGAAUCAAGAACGAGCGUGUUGCCGUGAUCGUCACCUGUGGUCGUGCCCAGUACGGCCUUGCCGUACAGGCGGGCUAUGUCCGAGAGCUUGAACACUUCGGGGUCCAGUUCUUGCAAGACACCUGCUGGUGCUCCAUCCAGGAACCAGUUAUCCCCAGGGAUACCCGCACAAUCAUGACGAACUCGGGCAAGUACAUCCACUACGGACCUGGACUCACAGGCAAGCAUUUUGCCUUUGGCAGUCUGGAGAUGUGCAUCAAUGCCGCGUGUACGGGGAAGACGACUGGUGACCCGCCUUUGUGGUUAGUAGAAGCCAGAUCACGAUAGUGGGCGUUUAUGUGCAAUUCAAAGUUGGCAGUUUGGUGGUUGCGUUGUCGGGUUAGUCCCCAGGUAUAACAUGUAAAUACGGUCGGAAGGGACGGGUUGGACCCGAUCCGAAUUCUCCCCGAACCCGCCGAUUUCGGAUGCGGGUAUGGAAGGCAGAACGCGCAGUUGAGUCUGGACUCGGGAUAUUAAUAAUAUAGAAUCUAUUGUCUAGUCUAAGCUAGGAAAGCGUUCCUUUCAGGUCAAAAGAGUAAAACACUGGCGAACAUAUGUUCAAGAGGGAACAAGUUAGGCAAGCAGGGCCUUGAGACCGUUCUGGACACCGCCAGGGUUGGCUCCGCGGACGGUCAAUUCCUUGAUCUGCUGGCCGUCCUUGAAGAAAGCGAAGGUAGGCAUGGCACUGACACCCAAGUCGGCAGCCACGCUCUGAAGCUCGUCAACAUCUACCUUGUAAAACUCGACGCCCUGGUUCUCGUUGCUGAACUUCUCAAUGGCAGGGGCAACAGCCUUGCAAGGGCCGCACCAGGUGGCGAAGAAAUCGACAACGACUGGCUUGCCAGAGGCGAUGACUUUCUCCUCGAAUUCAGCAGGCCU